AACAGUGAUUAUGCCAUUUCUAGGUCAUGCCCUUAAAAGGCAUGACUGUGUGCUCCCCUUUCUUUUCCCCCUUCUCACUGGCCAGGAUGCCAACAUGAUUGCAGGAGCUGGAGCAGCCACCUUGGGACUUAGGGAUGGAAGCCACAUGUGGAGGAGGGCAGAGACACUGUACCAGCUCUGGACUACCUGCCUUUGAACUAUUAUGAAAUAAACCCUGCAAAAGGAACCAGACCACUGUAGCAGAGCACAGAGCAGGCAAGAACUGUUUCCGUAAGCAGAGAAGGCUACUGCAGAUCCACCAGGGUGUGGGGGGGCCGGCCUCAUGCAGAGCUCAGGAAGGCUGGGUUUCCCAUGGACAGGCAGUCCUGGAAGUCAUUUGGGGCCUGCGCUGGUUUUCAUGAUGUCAUCCAUUCAUCAUUGUGAGCUGACUGGUGGUCCCAGGGCUUGGCCAGCUGCCCAAGGCCAAGAGAGAAGAGAGAGAUCCCAGGACAAAUGUGCAGCAGGCCCCUGAGCAUGUGUAGAAAUGUCAUCAAUUCCACAUAGAAACACUUGGUGGAAAUCGAAGAAGACAGUAAAAGUCACAAGAUCCUAUCCAACUUUCCCUUCCCUGAAUGCCUGGGAAGAAUUCAGGGGCCUCUUGCCAGUGGAUAGGGAACAGAACCCUGGAGUGACCUUGGGUGUGGAGGAGGGACUGCUCUGCCAGCUGCUUCAUUCUCCAGAAUUCAACCUGUUUCCUGACUCCGUGGUGUUUGAAAGCAACUUUGUCCAGGUCAAAAGGGGCAGGAAUUGGAUAGACAUCUACAAGGCCUCCAACACCAUGGCCCUUGGGGUGACCUCCUCUGUGCCCUGCCUGCCCCUUCCCAACAUCCUCCUCAUGGCCAGCGUCAAAUGGCACCGGGGGCAGAGCCAGACAUGGAACAGACCAUCUACAGCCCCAAACAUCAUCCUGAAAAGGGUCGGAUCAGAAGCAAUGGGGUUGUCAAUGUGUGUCUUCCCUGGUGGCUUCAGGAUUCUCCCAUUGAAGUUUGUGGAGCUCCAGGUCUGUGACCGUCUUCAGCGCAUCCUGCGGUUGAGGACAGUCACUGAGAAGAUCUAUUACCUAAAGCUCCACCCCAACCAUCCUGCGACCGUCUUCCACUUUUGGAUCCGACUGGUUCAAAUUCUGCAGAAGGGUCUCUCCAUCACCACCAAAGACCCUAGGAUUCUUGUCUCUCACUGCCUGGUACCCAAGAACUGCUGCAGCCCCUCAGGAGACUCCAAGUUAGUACAGAAGAAACCCCAAGCCUCCCAGCCCAGUGAGAGCCUCAUUCGGCUAAUGGCCAAGGGGGAGAGCGAGGCUCUCUCUCAGAUUUUUGCCGACUUGCACCAGCAGAACCAGUUCAGCUCCUUGAUCCUGAAAUGGCUGGAGUUUCAGGAGCAGCAAAAAGAUGGAGACCAAGAAGGACAGCUCAGUGAAAGAUACUUCUCGCGAAGACGAAGACAGCAUCCCUUGUACCCGAGACCUCAGUUGGAGGGAAUCGUUCACAUAUGGAGAGUGGGAAAGAGAGAACCCCUCUGGGCCGCAGCCACUCUCACUCCUCAGCACUCUGGCAGCCUCCACCAGGCCACAGCUGGCCCCACCCAUAGGCAAUUCCAUUUGAGCCGCCUUGUCAUGCAGGGGAGAAUCUACUCAGCCCCCGACAACACCACUCUGCAGUAUUCAGCUCCAGGGGCUCAGUGGCUGGAGGGGCGGAGAAAGCUGCAACUAAGGGAAAACUGGAAUCAUCUCCCGGUGACAUCAGAGCCUUUCCUCAUUCAGCGGUGCGUAAUUUCAUGCCCUUGGCGCCACACCUCAGCGCAGCCCACCUCCAUCCCACAGCCAGAGCCGGCCCAGGACCAAGAGAUGGAGGCAGGGGUGAAAGCGAACCAGGCCAGAGGAGAGGCAGAAGACAGCAGAACCAACGUAAAGAGGAAGGUGGCGGGAAGAAGUCAGAGAAGAGGAGAGACCCAAAGAGAAGUGAUAACAGAAGGAAAUAGAAGAGACUUGGUAGACGAGAUAAAGAGGACAAGAGAAGAAACACAUCCCUGAGAGAUGCCUCCAAGUUUCUAUUUAUCUAAUUUAAAACUUGAAAGUAAAGCCAUAAACCAAAAAUAGAAACGUGUUUUCUCCUCUGCUGAGACCACUCUG